GUGCCGCGUGGCGGGCGCGGUUCUGGGGAGCCGGGAGACCUGCGCGGGGUAACUGGCUGCCCCUGCGUAUCCGGUGCCAGCUGCGAGGGCUGUGGGCGGGGCCUGCGUCCAGCAUGAGCGUGGGCUUUAUCGGGGCGGGCCAGCUGGCCUUCGCCUUGGCCAAGGGCUUCACAGCAGCAGGCAUCCUGGCUGCCCACAAGAUAAUGGCCAGCUCCCCAGACAUGGACCUGGCCACGGUUUCUGCCCUCAGGAAGAUGGGCGUGAACCUGACGUCCCACAACAAGGAGACCGUGAGGCACAGUGACGUGCUCUUCCUGGCCGUGAAGCCGCACAUCAUCCCCUUCAUCCUGGACGAGAUUGGCGCCGACGUUGAAGAUCGGCACAUCGUGGUGUCGUGCGCGGCUGGUGUCACCAUCAGCUCCAUCGAGAAGAAGCUGACGGCGUUCCGGCCAGCCCCUAAAGUCAUCCGCUGCAUGACCAAUACACCUGUCGUGGUGCGGGAGGGGGCCACCGUGUACGCCACGGGCACCCACGCCCAGGUGGAAGACGGCAGGCUCCUGGAGCAGCUCAUGAGUAGUGUGGGCUUCUGCACCGAGGUGGAGGAGGACCUAAUCGAUGCCGUCACGGGGCUCAGUGGCAGCGGCCCAGCCUAUGUGAGGCCUGGGGAUGGGUGGCAGCUGGUGGCGGUGGGCAGUGCGGGGACCUCAGGGCACAUCCUCCCUACUCCUCCCUGCUCGGUUGCCGUGGGCAGAGCUGCUGGACCCACCGUCGCCUGGAGGAGAAGGAGGAAAGGCCUAGGGCGGAGGUUCAGGCGCCUUCUCCCUGCAGGCGUUCACAGCCCUGGAGGCCCUGGCCGACGGCGGCGUGAAGAUGGGGCUUCCGCGGCGCCUGGCCAUCCGCCUCGGGGCCCAGGCUCUGCUGGGAGCCUCCAAGAUGCUCCUGGACUCGGAAAAGCACCCUGGCCAGCUCAAGGACAACGUCUGCUCUCCCGGUGGGGCCACCAUCCAUGCCCUGCACGUGCUGGAGAGCGGGGGCUUCCGUUCGCUCCUCAUCAAUGCCGUGGAGGCCUCCUGCACCCGCACACGGUGGGCCCCCGCCGCCGCCGCCCACUCGGGGCUGCGCGCCCCGGCACAGGAGCCCCCGCACGCUGUGCUCAGCCAUCGCUCAGCGGAUGCUUAUCGAGGCCUGGCGGCCGUGCCCCUCACCAUCCGUUGUCCUGUGAGGACGGGCUGCCCUCGGCGCCUGCACUCUGCUCCCCACAGUCUCCCCACUGCGGCCCUCAGACCGGGGGGCGGGGGGGGGGGGGUCGCGUCCAAGCCGGGGAGGCAGGCCUGGGGGAACCGGAGGGGAUCCCUGGGGGUCUGACGACACCUUCCUCCCGAGCUCCUCCUCCUGGGGAGAUUAAGCAAGUUAGACGGCAGGACGGGCCCAGGACGUGCCUCUGUGCGCUGGCACCGGCUCGGUGAGACCGGGAAGCAAAUCAGAGAGGAGGGCGGCAGGGUUAGUAUCUUGGCUCGGAGCCAUUGUCCCUAGUCUGGAUCUGCCGGAUGGACAGGCACCCCUCUCACGUCCCUGCCGGCCACGGCCGAAACCCAGAACUUCUCCAGGCGCCACAACACGACGGCAGAGCUGGGAUGCAGCCCCCCCCGCCCCAGCCUUCAGGGGACACAGAUGAGGCACACGUCCCACACUUGGGGCACGAUGGGCUGGGGUCUGGGUGCUGUUAGUGGAUCCGGUGACCCUGAGCUGGUCUGAAGGAGGGGCGAGGGAGGGCAGAUGGCCAUCUGGCAGACCGGUGGCUGGUGGAGGGAACCGUGGGUGCGAAGGCCGCGAGGUGGGUGUGACUGUCCAGCAGAGCCGGGGAGGCAGGCGCUCGUCUUCCCCGGGGGACGGUCGGGCUCAGGAGGGAGACAGAGCCUC